AUGGCUAUGCGUCAACUACGUAAAAAUGCCCAAGCCAAUGAGCAAACAGCAACCGGGCCACCCAGCUACAAUGACUAUCAUGAACCGCAGUAUCCCCUGCCACCAGUACAACCACAACAGCAACUGCAGCAGCAACAACAAUUACAACAGCCGAUAACGGUUUUUGGGGUAAGUAGCGGUGCUGGUGGUUCAGUGCGUAGUUUCAAAAAAACUACAACUGCCAACGGUAGCCGCUUAGCUGUUAAUGAAUUAUUUGCCACAACUCAUGGUCCACCAUUGCCACCGGCCAAUCAACAUCCCAUGCAAAAGAAACAACAACAAAUAUCACCACAAUCAGUCAAUAAUAUGCCAGUAGUGGGACGUAAUAUAUCAGCCAUGUUGGAUGAAAAUAAUACUGUGAGAUGUUAUUUAGAGCCUUUAGAAAAGUAAAAGAAAACCGAUUUAAAUUUAAAACAUUUUAUAUACAUUUAUUAAUAUAUAUAUAAAGACAUUAAUUAUUACAUGUUUAAAAGGUGUAUUUAUUAAAGAAAGCAAAGAAAUUAUAUAAAAAAAAAAAAACAUAAAAAGCAAAAGAAACCGAUUGAUAACAAACAAAAACAAAAAAAAAGAGUUAGUUAAG